AUGAAGAAAGAUGGAAUAGCGGCAAGUGACAAUUCCUUUCUAACCAAAAUCCUCAAAAGGGGCAAGCUCGGUGGGAAAUGGAAGAAGAAGAGAAGGCACUCAUCAGCGAGGAAUUCGUUGUCGUUUUCAAUGGCAAGCAAUGGAAAUGGAGAUAUUGCUAAGAGGAAGAUUGCUACUAAAAAUACUCCAAGCUCGAGGAGCUCAUAUGAGCUGCCCGAAAUAGUCUCUGUACGAAGUGGGAGCGCUCGAAAUAAUAAUCGAAGUGAGGAGGAAGGUUCGAAACAAGAGAAUGAGUCGCAUGAUGGAGCUCAGAGUUCGACUGCGUUUCCCUUCACGCAUAAGUUACAUAACUCUUCCAAGAGUACAGGAGUGAGCAAGAAUAGUCAUAGUAAGCAAAAUGGAUUGAAACAGAUCAAUACUGACUUUUUCAAUGGAGAAGCCACCGAAAAAAGGUCCCCAUCACGCCAAACAAUGGAUUCACAAACUGGAGGUGAUACAGAUGAGGAGCAUUCGAACACUGUUAUGGGUGCUAUCAUGUCUUUCGCACAUAAUGCUGCAGCAAGAAUUCCAAAGAUUAAUAUUAGGGACGUAGAUGGUGAAGAAAGUCCGUCGUCUCUGUACACCCCACUGACCAGCCCAAACACACAAGUUGAUCUUCGAAACAAGGCUCGAUCGAAUCAAGAUUCGUUAUAUGCCGAUGACGAAAGACAUGAAGGUAAGAGUGAUGAAACUUUAGAUGAAGCAAAUAUGCAAAAUACGGUCAGACAUAGCCUUCAACAAAAUGAUCAUAGAAGUGACUCCUUCCUGCGAAAUUUAGACUUUCUACUAUCGACUUCUACGAAUGACCGAGAAUCAAACGAGAAGGCUGUGCCUGAAUUGACCAAGAGUGAGAGUCACAAUGAUUCACGUUCAACGUCAUUCAGGGGUAAGAAUGAAAGUUCAUGGUCUGUGAAUGGCGCUAAUAAAGUCAAAUUUGAGCCUUUAACAACAAAAUCACCUCCGAUAUCAACGUUUGGUAAAGGCGAUUUGAGUCUCGAUGAAUUCGAUACAGGCAAAAGCCCGUCGUCACUGACCAGCCCGCAAGAAAGUCAUUUCGAUUUCGACGAUAAUAUGAGUAUGGCUGCUAAGACUAUUUCUGGAGCCGAAGUAAAGAGAAACUCUAGUGGCAUUAUGAAGGGUAUAAGCAACUCGAAGCUUUCAGCAUCCGACACAGAUUUAACUAAGGUACGAAAAAGAAGCAUGACCGUGCCAGAUGGCGAGCGAAUGCAGACGCCUGAUUCCGAUGAGUACAAUAGAAGACACUCCCGUAUUUCUAAUGCUGCUGAUGGGCAAUUUGAUGAUAGUAAUGAUCGUAGGCCAAGACGAAUGUCAAAGAAAAUCUUAAACAGAAGAUCAUUUUCUCCAGGAGGCAUGGGUAUGAAAGUCAUACCUACGAUGGCGCUUCGAGGCUCCAUGAAUAAAGUAAGAAACAGUGCAGAUUUUGUGAGUACAACAGGCGCUUUAGGCGUUCAUAAUUUUGCCAGUGGACUGGUUAACUCUGUUGCAAGUGGAAAUGGCAGCGUACGAACAAGAGCAAGUACUUCGGCAGGCCCUAAUGAGAGAUCCUCUGGUGAACUCGAGGAAGAAUCACCAGUUGCUUUGACGAAUAUUGACUUUGCCAACGACAAAAAAAAUGCAGAAUUUCACAAUCUCUUCAAAGACGCCGGCAUAAGCUCAGCAGAAAGAUUAAUAGCGGACCAUAGUUGUGCUUUAUCGCGCGAUAUAUUGCUACAGGGUAAGAUGUAUAUCUCGGAUCAACAUAUCUGUUUCUACUCGAACAUCUUGGGGUGGGUUAGCACAAUACUGAUAGGCUUUAAAGAGAUUGUUCAAAUCGAAAAGAAGACGACUGCUGGAAUUUUCCCAAAUGGCAUUGUCAUUGAUACUUUACAUACCAAGUAUGUUUUUGCAUCAUUUAUGUCAAGGGAUGCAACUUUUGAUUUAAUAACAGAUGUGUGGAAUCAAUUAAUAUUAGGCAAACGAGUCAUUCCGCGCCCACAGCGCAGGACAAGUUCUUUCGCUGGUCAAUCCGAUGCCGAUACCAGCAGUGGUUAUAGUGACGACAAUGAAAUUGGUGAUGAUAGUAGUUUUGAAGACAAUGAUGAUGAUGAGAGCAUUAUAGAUGAAACCGAAAUGACAUCUAGCGAUGAAACAGUAGAUGAAAAUACUCAAAAUACACAAAAGUCCUCCUCAGCUACUAUUGGCCCAGCAAAGCAUUCUCCCACCGAAACGGAAUAUAAGCCAAGUGAAGGCGAGAAAUUGAUCAAAGAGACUACGAUUAAUGCACCUUUAGGCAAAGUUGUAAAUGCAAUAUUCGGUGACGAUGUAUCAAGUCUUGAGGAUAUAUUGAAGGCCCAGAAGAAUUACGACAUUUCCACUAUUCCCAAGAUAUUGGAAACAAAGGAGAGGGAAUACGAUUAUACGAAGCCGCUACCCGGUAGUUUUGGCCCCAGUAAAACAAAGUGUCACAUCAAAGAGACAUUAGAGCAUUAUGAUCUGAAAGACUAUGUCAAGGCGAUCCAGGUCUCGAAGACACCAGAUGUUCCAUCAGGUAGCUCAUUUUCCGUGAAAACAACUUUUAUAUUUACAUGGGCAGAGAACUCGGCGACCAAACUUUCUGUUUACGCUGUGGUUGAGUGGACUAGCAAGAGUUGGAUCAAAGGUGCGGUUGAAAAAGGUACAUUUGACGGUGUUGGUGAUAGUACGGAGAUUUUGAUUAACGAGUUGAACAAAUUGGUCAAAUCUCCAGGCUCUUCGUCGAGAAGAAAGAGCGGAAGCCAGGAUGCAGACGAGUUAUCUUCUUUACCAAAGAUGGGUCCUGCGAAGCACGAAGCCACGGAUGAUCACUACAAGAAGGAGAAGGAUGAUGUUAUUAUAGAACAAGAUGUUGAUAUUCCUGCGCCAUUAGGAACGACUUACCAACUUUUGUUCGGUAAUGACACCAAAUACUUCAAAAGAAUCAUCGAGAAGCAAAAGAAUUUCGAUCUAUCACCAAUUCCUAAAUUCGAUCAUAAUGUCAGAGAAUAUGCUUAUACAAAGCCACUCAACAAUUCAAUGGGACCUAAACAGGCCAAAUGCUACAUUACAGAGAAAAUCGAGUAUAUGGAUCUGGAAGAUCACAUUGUGGUAAAGCAAGCUAGUAAAUGCCCAGAUGUGCCCUUCGGUAAUAACUUUGUGGUCAACACGACGUUCUUCCUGUCGUGGUCCGACCAUAACACCACCAAGAUGCGUGUCGUAACCAAUAUCGUGUGGAGUAGCAAGACUCUAUUGAAAGGUACUAUCGAAAAAGGUUCAGUGGACGGUCAAAAAGAGUCCACUCAAAUCAUGAUUGAAGAACUAAAAGACAUAAUUAAUAGCGCAGGAAGUACAAGAAGGAGGUCUAGAAGAGGUGUAAGUUUCAAACGCUCUAAAUCUUCGUCCGAAGAUUCUGAAAAGACAAGUUCAGAAGCAAAUCCUUCUAUGUGGGAUAAAAUCUCGUCAUUCUUUUCCGGUCUGCUGGAGAAUUCAGGCCUCUUUUCUAUUCAGGGUCUUGUCGCUGUUGUCGCAAUUCUUUUCGGUAUGUUACUCAUUCGCCUCUUAUUCAACUCGGGUGCUGGAAAUCAUGACAUCAAGAUCUUAGGCAGCGGUAGCAUGUCAAUUGAUGGAAACGAGUAUAACUACUCUCCUAAUCUCAAAACUUUGUACAGAGCUUACGAAGAAGACGUCAAGAAAAGUGCUCGAUCUAAAAGCUCACUGCAGCAUCAUAAUUUGAUUAUUGAGGCAGAAGAUGACUUAUGGAAGUGGUUGAAUAAUCGUGGUGAACCUGCAAAGCAUGCAAAUCAGACGCUUGGCGAAAAGCAUCAGCUAUUCGAUAUCAAGUCGAGGAUGGAGAGUUUCAAAGUGCAACAAUUGAUGGAUACGAUACAAUUCACCGAACUUCAAUUGAACGAUAUGAAAUCGUUACUCGAGAGAGAGGGUCUCACCAGCUGA